AUGCCUCCCAAGAAGUCCACCACCGAUGCGCCCGCUCCCAAGAAGAGCGGCACCGCCUCUGCACCCGCUCAUGCUUCCUACAUCGACAUGGUCAAGGACGCCAUCAUCAAUCUCAAGGAACGCAAUGGUUCAAGCCGACAAGCUAUUCAGAAGUACAUCCAAGCCAACAACAAGGUUAGCAACCUGAGCGACGCACAGUUCAGGAAUCACGUCAACCGUGCCAUUUCCUCUGGCGAGGACAAGGGUGAAUUCACACGGCCCAAAGGCUCCUCAGGACCCGUGAAACUGGCGAAGAAGGAGGCCAAGUCUGCUGCCAGUUCCGACAAGAAGGAUGCAAAGCCCAAAGCAGAGAAGAAAGCCGCUGCACCCAAGAAAGCUGCCGCUGCCAAGCCCAAGGCCACUACUGCAAAGAAGGCAGCAGCACCUAAGAAGCCAACAGAGAAGAAGGCUGCCGCCCCUAAAAAGGCUGCUACCGCUGCUAAGCCAAAGGCAAAUGCUAGCCAGCCCCGCAAGACGGCCCCAGCAGCACCUGCUGUCGAGGACUCUGUAUCACGUGUUCUGGGCAAGACAAAGUCUGGACGUGUCACCAAGACCAAAGCUCCCGCUGAUUCAAAAGCCCCAAAGAAGGCGGCUGCCCCCAAGAAGGCAGCAGCAACGAAGAAGACUACACCAAAGAAGGCUGCGCCAGCAAAGAAAGGAACACCUACGAAGAAGACGACACCAAAGGCCAAGGCGUGA